UCCGGUUUAUGACAUUUAACCGGAAAGAAAGAAUGACUAGGUUGCGAUAAGUUCCGUAAAGUGUAUGAAGAGAUCCGUUCAAAAUUGUAUAAGUGUAUCUUUUCUUUAUGAGUUCUAAUGUUUUACUUGCGGAAGACCAUAGUACUCGUAACGUAACAAGGUACUUCAUCUUCAUUCAUGAUGUGACUCUGUGAAUGAAAGUUGUGUACCAGUUGGAGACGAUAUUUGAGUAUGUGUCGUUCUUAAAGAAUGCUUUAUGUUUGUUACGAAUAUGUAGCAUGUUUGACUUUUAAUUAAUGUUUUUAGGAGUGUUUCGUGCAGAUUUCCUGUGAGUGUGGUGAAUGUGGGAUUUCAUUAUUCAUUAAUCUUCAUACAGUUCAACAUUUACAAUAUUACUGUAUCGCAGUGGUUACUCUGCAGCCCGCUUUAACAUGCAGAAACUAUGCAUUCUACCCGCUGAGUAUAUAUCUGUGGUUCCCAGCAAGAAACAACGAUUAUUUCCCUAUUACAUUGGUCUUUACCAUGGAGCUAUAAUUUGUUCUUGUGAUAUACAAACUGAAUUUUUGUAUAUAAUCCUGAUGAAUUGCAGUCUUUAAAGGGCAUUAGGAGUUCCUGGCCAAAAUAAUUGUAACGAUCAUUGUGUUUUGUGAUAUGUUACGGUGCAGUAGAAGUGGCAUUCACUUUCAGUGACAGGCCCCUCUUCUUGUCAAAGGAGAGAUUCCAUUUCCCAAACUGUAAAUAUUGGUAACAUAGAAUCACAAUUUGGCCUUGAAUCUUACUGGGGUUUGAAGCCAAGCACUACUGUGCCAACUGGAAGGCCAGCAGAAAACCUACUGCUUUGCCAUCUUUGCUCAGUCGUGGAAGGUUUAAGCAGACGAAAUGUGUGAAUAAAACUUAAGAGUUAUCUCUGUGUGUAAUUAAUUAAGCACCACACCAUGAAGACAUGUGGGAGUGGAGGUAUAGCUCCGCCACUCUUGACUUUGGAAUUAGACGAAGAUCUGACUUGUGGCGAAGUUUAAAAUGGAGUUCACAGCAGAAAAUCUUGAGCAUGCAGUGUUACAGUUUUACCACUCAGAUUCUGCAGUACGAGGUCAUGCUCAUCAGUGGCUUACAGCUGCUCAGGCAUCCCCAGAGGCAUGGUGUUUUGUCUGGGAGUUGCUGCACCCAAGCAAGUCAGCAGAAGUUCAGUUCUUUGCAGCGACGACUCUUCACACAAAGUUAGUUAAGUCAUGGCAUCAGGUCCCCCCUGAACAGUAUGCAUCUCUGAAGAAACAGCUGUUAGAAGCUAUUGCAAGCUAUUCAAUUGGUCCCAAGAUUGUUCUUAACCGCCUCUGUAUUGCUUUGUCUGCCUAUGUUCUCCAUACACUUCCUGUUCAUUGGCCAAAUGCUGUACUUGAAUUAUUGGCAACUUUGCAGCCGUCCAACUUACCCAACAUCCCUCCUGAAAGAACUGCAUGGAUUCUUCUUGAAAUACUAACAGUUCUUCCUGAAGAGUUCCAGAGUUCACAUCUUGCUCAUGCCCAGAAAGGUCUUGUAAGAAACGAACUUCAGAAAAACGUUCCUCAGGUCAUAUCUGUAUUGCAAAACAUCCUUGCAACUGAUACUUCAGCACCUAAUAAUGAAACAGCAGUUGAAGUAAUGUGCCAGGCAUCGUGUUGUGCUGCUUCAUGGCUGCAACUGGGUGUGCCACUUCCAGAAUGUGAAAAACUGGCAGACCAUCUUGUAGCAUCUGUGUUUGCGAGCACAUCUUCUCCACAGUUCCACCAAACAGGGUUGGCUGAGUCAUCACUGGAUGCCCUUACCAAUAUGGCAACACAUCCUGAAACACACAGAUAUCCUUCUACUUGUCUGCGAUUGCUGGGGAAGCUGCUGCCGCUGCAACAGAUCAUACAAGCGCAACAGCAGCGAGAUUGUACUGAGGGAGGGAAUGAAGAAUUGGUCUCCAGCAUCUAUAGCCUAUUUAUUUCAUUUGCGGAAACUCAUUCUAGACUCUUGCUGGAUUCACUGUUGAGCGAUGACGAGAAGACUAAUGUCAUGCAGUUGAUACAGCUAAUACUGCAGUGCAGCAACAGUCCUGGAGAAUAUGCCCUCGAGGAGAACACAAGUCAGUUGGCACUAGGCUUCUGGUACAUUCUGCAGGAUGACAUCAUUGCUUCGGAACCAGAGCAGUUCCACCUGUGUGUGGCCCUGCUGUCUCCAGUGUACAGGAGUCUGGCCGAGGUGAUGCUGCGUAAGUCCAUGCUUCCUUUUGUAGAGAGUGCCUGGACUUCUGAGGAGAAGGAGCUGCUGCGAUGUUACCGGCAAGACAUAGCAGACACCAUGAUGUAUUGCUAUAGUAUUUUACGAGAUAACUUAUUGGAAUUACUACAUGGUAAAUUAGAAGAGGCCCUGGAAAACUGCAGCAGUGACCCAAGAAUGUGGUGGAGAUCAUUGGAGUCAUGUUUGCAUGCGUUCCAAGCAGUCGCUGAAUGUGUUGAUAUUGAUGAGUCGAGACAUCUGCCCAGAUUUCUAGAAGCUCUACAUCGUUUGCCAUAUCACCAGCUUGACACUCGAGUUGUUAUCACAGCUUUGGAAGCUGUUGGGGCUUAUGCUGAGUGGAUCAAUGCACAUCCAUUUGUGUUGAGCCACAUUAUACCUCUGCUGGUAACUGGGCUUGGUAGUGGUGACCUUGCUCCAUCAGCCACCAUGGCCCUGAAGGACCUCACUCGGGACUGUCAGACCAGCAUGGCUCCAUUUGCACAUCACAUUCUACAGGCUAGCCAGGCAGCACUUCGUGGAGGGAAAUUGAAGUUAGGUGAAUGUGUGAGACUGAUGUACACAGUUGGUCGAGUCCUUGCUGUGCUUCCUGUGGACAGCAUUAUGCAUUAUUUGAACCAGCUGCUCAUGCCAUAUGUGGAGGAGUUGCAGUAUCUAGUCACACUUGAGCCCAGUGCAGCAGCAAAGGCUGGCAUCCUUUUAAGGAUGAAGAUGCUGAGUAUGUUAUUUGCAACACUAGACAUCAAACCACGGACUGAGAAUGAGACAGAACCUGAUGUGUCAGAGGGCUCCGACGUGGGAACUUGUACCACAGUACAGCAAAAGACUCCACAGCAGUCAGCUGCUCCUGGAAAUAAUGAACAGGUUCAGCCUGUGUUUUUUGUCCUGCAAAGAAUCUUGCCUGUCAUGCAUGCUGCUCUUGAUAAGUGGUAUGCUGACACGCACGUUGUGCAGGCAUUGUGCUCAGCUCUGAAGCAUGCACUGGCAACAUUGCUAGAUGACUGCAAACCUCUUGUGCCAGAAAUAUUGAUGCUGAUACUGAAGAGUUUCCAGCUGCAGCCGCAUCCUGCUGCUUUGGAUCUAGCCAGACAGUUUCUUGUGAUGUACAGCAGGGAUAAGUCCCAGUUGCCUCUGAUGGAAUCUCUGCUCAGGGAGCUGUGUUCAGUCACCCUAAUGGCCUGUAUUGGCAGCUCUGACAUCCCAGGUGGUGGUGUGUCUGAUCAUGCUGACCUUUUAGAAGCGUUUUUUAAUCUUCUUGCACAGAUCCUUAAGAAGAACCCACAGCUGUUUGUUAGUGGUGAAGGAGUCGACCUAGCUGCUCUCUUUCAGUGUGGAACCAUGACACUUUCUUUGCCAGAGGUACCUGCAGUGAAAGCUGCCACGUCCUUUCUGGUAAAUUUUGUAUCACAGAGUAGAGAAUUACCUCAACUCUUAACAGUGGUACAGGCCUAUGGAGAAGAAUUAGUGCAGAGGCUUCUUCAGUGUAUCGGUGGGGAAUCCCCGAGAUCUGUCUUGGAACAUCUCUCAGACAUUUUACUGGCUAUGAACAAGAAACACUGUGACAACCUCUCUCGCUGGCUACAUCAAGCCAUCCAUCAAGAUGGCUUCCCUUCUCCCAGGGCUUCCCAAGAGCAAAAGGAGCAAUUUGUUAAAAUGGUGCUGAAAGAACGUGCCAACAAGCGCAAGUUGCAAGAGACUGUGAGAGAGUUCUCUUUAAUUUGUCGUGGUCUGGUUGGAACCGACUACGCUGCCCAGUCCUCGCCGUUCUUUUAAUUGCAGGAUUGUAAUUGUGUAAUGUUAUUCUAUGUAGGUGACUGGUAAGUGGUAACUAUCUGUGAUAUGGUUGAUUCUAGUUUUAUAGACUCUCACUCCAUUCUUAAAAUUUGCAUUAAGCUGUACAGAAAUGUUCUUUCAAUUAGAGAGCAGAGCUUUGACAGUCUUAUAAGUAUGAAGGCUUGCUCUGUCAUUAUAUUACAGAUUUAUAUUGAUAAAUUGACUAAUACUGCAAAUUUGAUUGUUAUUCAUAGAACACAUCAGAAAUAUGUUUAGAUAUCUCUUUAGAUUGUAACUAUACUUCUUUAACCCCCACCUGCUGCAUUUACAGCUCAGAUGACCAUCAUGAGAACUUUGGAUCAAACAUCAAAGUGUGACAGUUGUAAAAUACAAAGUUUUCAUAGUGGUGAAGUUUAACAUUGUGGUAUUCUGUCUUAUGGCACCAUGUUAUAGUCUGGUCAGUAGUACAUUCGUCCAGAAUGCCAGUACUCAUCCUUGACUACAAUAUAGGAUCAUAACCUAAAGAACCAAAAGAUGAAUAUUUUUAGUUAUGCUUUUAUGCUUAGUUUUGAAAAUGGUCUUAACAUUGAAAUGGUUCCAAAUGCAUCUGUUUUUUUGGAAAUACCCCAGACAUAUGGUGUAAUCUAUCAUGUUAUCAUAGGGACAGAAAGUAGUGCCUAUCCUGUCAUAAGGCUCUUCUGUCAAUAUAAUUUUAGGUUUUGGGGUUUCUGAUCUAAAAUUUCAGAAUAUAUAAUUACAAUAAAAGCAACUUUUGAAAAACAAAUGGUACAGUAACUGACUAUUCAUGGUAAUGCAGAAGUGGCAUGGGUAAUUAAAAACAACAGAUAAUCCAAAGGUCUAUCCAUGCUACAGUCAGUCCUGAAAAUCACUUAUUAUAGUCAACUCUCGAUUAUCCGGGAUAAUGGUGGGGAUGGAAAUCACGAUUAAUCGAAAACCCAGUUAAGACAAAUUU